GCCGGCAGAGCGACGCGGAGCCCCGCCGGCGCGGACCCCGACGGCGCCCCUCCGGAGCCCGCGCGCGCCGCCGCCCUCCAGGGUAAGGAGCGGCCCCGGCGGCCGGCCCUGCAGGCCUUGCCUCUGCUGGGACCUUCAGAGGCCCCUCCGACCUGAAAGCACGCCUGCGGACGCCAUGCUGGGGGCUCUGACGCCCCUGUCUUCGCUGCCACUGCCACCUCUGCUGCUGCUGCUGCUGGUGUUGGGGUGCGGGCUGCAGGCAGCCACUGGCGGCGGGACCGGCGGGGCAGCCGGCUACGCGCCGGUGAAGUACGCGCAGCCCAUGCAGAAGGGACCUGUGGGGCCGCCCUUCCGCGAGGGCAAGGGCCAGUACCUGGAAAUGCCUCUGCCGCUGCUGCCGAUGGACCUGAAAGGAGAGCCUGGCCCCCCUGGGAAACCGGGGCCUCGGGGGCCCCCUGGCCCUCCUGGCUUCCCAGGAAAGCCAGGCACCGGAAAGCCUGGGCUACAUGGGCAGCCUGGCCCUGCUGGCCCCCCUGGCUUCUCUCGGAUGGGCAAAGCUGGUCCCCCAGGGCUCCCAGGAAAGGUGGGACCACCAGGGCAGCCAGGGCUUCGGGGGGAGCCAGGGAUACGAGGGGACCAAGGCCUCCGGGGGCCCCCGGGACCCCCUGGCCCCCCUGGGCCCUCAGGCAUUGCUGUCCCUGGAAAACCGGGCCCCCAGGGGGUGCCAGGGCCCCCAGGAUUUGGGGGGGAGCCAGGGCCCCAAGGGGAGCCUGGGCCCCCAGGUGAUCGAGGCCUCAAGGGGGAUAAUGGAGUGGGCCAGCCAGGGCUACCUGGGGCCCCAGGGCAGGGAGGUGCCCCCGGACCCCCUGGCCUCCCUGGUCCAGCUGGCUUGGGCAAACCAGGUUUGGAUGGGCUUCCUGGGGUCCCUGGAGAUAAGGGUGAGUCUGGGCCUCCCGGGGUGCCAGGACCCAGGGGGGAGCCAGGGGCUUUGGGCCCAAAAGGGCCCCCUGGGGUAGAUGGUAUAGGGGUACCAGGGGCAGCAGGGGUGCCAGGGCCACAGGGCCCAGCAGGGGCCAAAGGGGAACCAGGGACCCGGGGCCUCCCUGGCCUGAUAGGCCCCACUGGCUAUGGGAUGCCAGGACUACCAGGCCCCAAGGGGGACAGGGGCCCAGCUGGUGUCCCUGGGCUCUUGGGGGACAGGGGUGAGCCAGGUGAGGAUGGGGAGCCGGGGGAGCAGGGCCCACAGGGCCUUGGGGGCCCCCCUGGACUUCCAGGGUCUGCAGGGCUCCCUGGCAGACGUGGGCCCCCUGGGCCUAAGGGGGAGGCAGGGCCUGGAGGACCCCCAGGAGUGCCUGGCAUUCGGGGUGACCAGGGGCCUAGUGGCCUGGCUGGGAAACCUGGAGUCCCAGGAGAGAGGGGGCUUCCUGGGGCCCACGGACCCCCUGGACCAACUGGGCCCAAGGGUGAGCCUGGUUUCACGGGCCGCCCUGGGGGACCAGGGGUGGCAGGAGCCCUGGGGCAGAAGGGUGACUUGGGGCUCCCUGGGCAGCCUGGUUUGAGAGGCCCCUCAGGAAUCCCAGGACUCCAGGGCCCAGCUGGCCCCAUUGGGCCCCAGGGUCUGCCAGGCUUGAAGGGUGAACCAGGCCUGCCAGGGCCGCCUGGAGAGGGGAAAGUGGGGGAACCCGGCGUGGCUGGGCCUACAGGGCCCCCUGGGGUCCCUGGUUCCCCAGGACUCACAGGCCCUCCUGGCCCUCCUGGGCCUCCUGGCCCCCCUGGCGCCCCUGGGACCUUCGAUGAGACUGGCAUCGCUGGCCUGCAGCUGCCCAAUGGUGGCGUGGAGGGUGCCGUGCUGGGCAAGGGGGGUAAGCCCCAGUUUGGGCUGGGCGAGCUGUCGGCCCAUGCCACGCCUGCCUUCACCGCCGUGCUCACCUCACCCUUUCCCGCCUCGGGCAUGCCUGUGAAAUUUGACCGGACUCUCUACAACGGCCACAGUGGCUACAACCCGGCCACUGGCAUCUUCACCUGCCCUGUGGGCGGGGUCUACUACUUUGCCUACCACGUGCACGUCAAGGGCACCAAUGUGUGGGUGGCCCUGUACAAGAACAACGUGCCAGCCACCUACACCUACGACGAGUACAAGAAGGGCUACCUGGACCAGGCGUCUGGCGGGGCAGUGCUCCAGCUGCGGCCCAACGACCAGGUCUGGGUGCAGAUGCCCUCGGACCAGGCCAACGGCCUCUACUCCACUGAAUACAUCCACUCCUCCUUUUCAGGAUUCUUGCUCUGCCCCACAUAACCCGCGGGGGACCCUGCUGCCCCGGCCUCCUGCUCUUUAGUGGUAGAGAGACCUUCUCAGUUACAAAGAACCUCCAUUUAAAGAAAAAACCAAAGGCUGAACAGAGGCGGGAACAGAGGUGGCCGUGGCCUUGGCCCCAGGAGACUGACUUGGUUUCUCCCUCCAUGCAGGCUGAGGUUGUUUCUGGAAGAGGCUGAUCUGAGUUCCUCUCCCCCAAGUGUCUAUGCAGUGUCGAGGUUGCACCCUCAUUGCAGGCGGGGCCCCAGGACACUUGGCUCUGCUGUCAGAGACCCGUGCCCCCUUGUGAGUCCUGGGCUCUGCUGGGCAGUGGAGGAUGCUGCUUCUGAGUCAGAGCUGAGAGGGACUGAGCUUCCCCCUCGGGGAGACAUAUUCCCAAGCCCUGCCCUUCCUGCUGGCCCCUAUAUGGCACCUGCUCAAGGAAUGGGGCACCCUCAGUUCUUGGCUGGGGCUCUUCCAGCUCCCCCGGGACCUCCAGCGUCUGACGGUGGGUCCCCUAAAGAGUUUUUGUUUCCCUCCAGGGGAAAGGGAGACGAGGGGAUCCACUGAGGUGGCCAGUGUGGACGCCCUGCCAGGACUGCAACCCCAGGGGGGAUGCUGUGCAUCAGGCCUGUCCAUGGUGGGCACAGGUGCUUGGCCCCUCUGCAGGCUCCAGCUGCAGCCAUGGGGAAAGGUGGUUUGUGAGGGGUAGGAGCAUGGAUGUGGGGCUGGACGGCGGUUCUUCACACUCAUUUCCAUCUCCCCAGGCUCCCCCCACAAGUCUGGCUCUGUCUAGCAUAGGGGCAGCUGCGCAGGCCCCUAGGGACUGCCACAGGCAGGCAUGAGGCAGGAGGGACAGCCAGCAGACAUAGGAUUCCUCCCUUGCUCUCAUUCAGCUGCUGCGAGGAGGGCUGGUUUUCUCAUACAAAAUUGUAAAGGAUCCUUGCCACCCCAACCCCAGCAUCAAGGCGGGAGCCUCGUUUGGCCCUCAGAACAAGGUGCACACAAGCUGGGGGAUGAAGGCCCCGCCUGCGUUUCCUUAAUAAGAACCAUGUGGUGGGUAUGUGUGUCUACUAGAGGGGUUACUCUGGGGGCUUCCUUGCCUUCCACCCUCUGGUUCCAAUUUCCUGUUCUGAGUAGGAUUAGGGCCCAGGAGGCUGAGGCUCUGAGAAGAAAGGUGCCAACAGGCCCCUAUGGAAUGAGUUGGCUCUGGAGGUUUCUGCCAUCUUCCGCAGUCAGAGCUCCCCUGCAGGAGAGCAGGGUCCCACUCCCAUCUCCGCAGCCCCGAGUUCGAGCUGGGGCAGAGAGGGCCACUCUCCCAGUGCUCGGGCCUCUCCCUUAGGCCCCCAAGCCAGCCCACUUCCCUGCACCAAGUGUGACCCUCGGUCGGUCAAGGGGAUCUUGUUGCACAGCCUGUCCGUGCUGACCAUGGAGGGUGACUGCUGACUUCUGAUGGUGGUUCCCUCCGGCCCCUGGCCAGGCCUCCUCCCCACCCACAGCUUCUCCCAACACAGCAGGUCAUCUGACUGCUCACUUUAACUUUCAAAAGAAGUGACAACUCAAAUCUGCUCAAGUGACACUUUCAGAACAGGUUUUGGCUGGGGUUCAUGGUGGAUUUCUUACUGCCCAACACCCCAGAGAGUUAAGGAGUCUCAAACCAUACCUGGUGGGGCCUUUUGCCCGGCCUCGUCCCUGGCUCAGAGUCCCCGCCGUCUGACCUGUUAGGGAGACUUCUGAUAGGCGGAAAUUCGUCAGCUCCCGAUAGGAGCCCAGGGAACUAAGGAGGGAAUGAGGGGAGCCAGAAAAAGAGCUGUCUCACAGAACUGAGCUUCUGCUAAAUGUCAUUCCUGAAGCCUUUGGGGAGGGGUGGUGGGUGUUUGCGAAAUGUGUAUGGGAUUUUAGUUCCAGGUGUCCACUUAACUGACAAGCUCUGAUAAACGAUGUCAGGUUUUAACUAUGAAAACUACAGUGCCUUGUGCAUUUUUAUAUUCUGAUUCCUAAUUUUUAAAAAAAUUAAGGUUUAAAUGUUUUCCAUUCAUUUCAUUUCUAACCUGGUAUAGGAAGUUUAGUUCUUUACUUACCUAUUAUGUGCCCUGUGUCAGAGAUUUGGGAAAAUGCACUCGGGAAUCAAAGAAAAUGGGACUUCUUUCUGAAAAGAAACAUAAUGGUAUUGACACAACCUCAAUAAAACCUGUUGUGUGAAACAGCA